GCUCUUUCUGUCUCUCUCCACCCUCCUCUCGGCCUCUCCCUCUCCUCUCUGUCUCUCGCUCUCUCCAUCCUCCCUCUUUCUCCGUGUCUCUCCCCCCCUCUCUCUCGCUCUCGCUCUCUCUCCUCCCCCUCUCUCUCUCUGUCUCUCUCCUCCCUGUCUCUCUCCUCCCUCCCCCUCUCUCUCUCUGUCUCUAUCUCUCUCCUCUCUCUGUCUCUCUCUCCUCCCUCCCUCUCCCGCUGUCUCUAUCUCUCUCCUCUCUCUGUCUCUCCUCCCUCCCUCUCUCUCUCUCUUUGUCUCUGUGUCUCUAUCUCUCUCCUCUCUCUGUCUCUCGCUCUCUCCUCCCUCCCUCUCUAUGUCUCUCUCUCCUCUUUUUGUCUCUCUCUCCUCCCUCCCUCUCUGUGUCUCUCUCUCCUCCCUACCUCUCUCUCUCUCUAUCUCUCUCCUCUCUUUGUCUCUCUCUCCUCCCUCCCUCUCUCUCUCUCUCCUCUCUCUGUCUCUCUCUGUGGCAGAGUUGUUAUCUUUCUCUUCCCCAGCUAGCCAUCAGAACGGUCACACCUGCUCUCCUCUCCCUCUCCACUCUAUUCCUCCUCCUUUCUCUCACUCAAAGGAUCUCUCACUCAUAGAUCACACUUCUAUCUAUCACUCUCCUUGUCUCUUUGUUCCUCGGUAGUUUUGUUCCUCGGUGGGGAUCUUUUGGUGCAUUGUCAACUGUUCAAGCAGGAUGUAUAACAACAGCGAAGAGAAUCCCAGGUGAUUUGAGGGGUAUAGCAAGAGAAUCAAAUGUCAUUUUAUGGAUACAGGGCCAUACAACUAAUGGGCCUUGACCAAAUUGCAUAUACAUAAAUUACAGAUGACCCUAUAAGAAACAGUACAGGUACCUGCAUUAGCGUGACCUUUCACCUUUAACCCUGCUGUCAUGGAAGACACGAUGGUGGUGCGUACGGACGGGAACUCUCUGCUCAAGGCUGUGUUCCUGAGCCGACUGCGUCUGACACGCCUGCUGCUGGAGGGAGGGGCUUACAUCAACGAGAGCAACGAGCGCGGCGAGACGCCCCUGAUGGUGGCGUGCAGGACGCGCCACACGGACGCACAAAGCGUGCCCAAGCACAAGAUGGUUCGGUACCUGCUGGAGAGCGGAGCUGACCCAAAUAUCCAGGACAAGACCGGUAAGACGGCCCUAAUGCAUGCCUGUUUGGAACAGGCGGGGGCAGAGGUCCUCUCUCUACUGCUGGGGAGUGGAGCUGACCCCAGCCUGGACGACCACUCUGGCUUCUCAGCACUGGUCUAUGCUGUCAACGCAGGGGAGAACGAGGCCCUGAGAGUCCUACUGGAUGCCUGCAAGGCCAAGGGCAAGGAGGUCAUCAUCAUCACCACGGACAAGCUGCCGUCAGGACGCCAGAUGACCAAGCAGUACCUGAACGUACCCCCGCCUCCCGACCUGGAGGAGCGCCUGCACUGCACCCCUGGCUCUGCUGCCUGCUGCAUGUCCCCCUCAGAGAUCCAGCUCCGCACCCCUCCACAGGGCACCUCAGCCACUGCCUCACCCCAGCCAGGGAGCCCCCUCCUGGGCCUCAGGGAGCACCACCACCAGGGUGGUGGAACAAACAUCUCUGGUUCUGCUGGUUCUGGUUCUUCUCAGCCGGGCUCCCCGACCAGGGACCCUAACCUGUUUCGAGGCCCCGGUACUGGGGUGGUGAAGCUGUUCCAUCCCCAGCGGCUCCACUCUGAGCCCUGGCUGCAGCAGAACAAGGCCUCCAGCCUGACCGAGGAGCUGCUGGACAUCACCCCAGAGGAAGAGCUCUCCUUCCGGGUCAACAGCCUGGUCUUCUCUGGGUCCGGAAGAGUGGGACCCGGGGCACAUCCGAUCGUCGCCCGCCACCAAAGUAUCGACCCCAAGGAUGCCACGGGGCUGCUGGAGCAGGUGGUUGGGAGUGAAGGAGGAGGCGGGGGAGGAGGAAGAGGAGGCCUGAGUAGGAAAAUGUCUUACGACAGUGCUGCAGCUUAUUCCCACCCAAACCUCCUGCACCGGGGGGAUGGAGGAAGCUAUGGAGGCUACCCCUGUGGCGCCCAUGAGCCUGUCCUCCCCGUAAACAAAACCUCUCCAGACUGUUGCCUUCCCAACCUGGCUGUGUCCAGCCUGAGGAAUGUGGUCCGCCGCCGCAACAUUGGCAUAGACCAUUACAGCUCUGACUCCCAGCUUCCCCAGUUUGGCAGCCACACCAGCCACCCAGAGAGUGGAGACUCCUCCAGGGGUGUUGUAGGUGGAACUGAGAAGCGUAAACUGGUCAGUAGUAGAUCCUCCACACUGUCGGGCUCCCGGGAGUCCCUGGAGAGUGCUGCCCAGAGAAGAGGCCCUGCAAACCUGGAGAGGAGAGGCUCGGGGGCCCUGCUCCUGGAUCACAUCUCCCACACCCGCCCGGGGUACCUGCCCCCUCUCAACCCCCACGCACCCAUACCCGACAUCGGGGUCAGCCCGACCUCAACCUGCCCCAGCCUGAGUGGAAGCACCAAGGCACUGAAUCUGAAUGGGGGUGUCGCAGGGCUGGGAUCAAAGCCUCUUGUCCCCUGUGCUCCUGCCAUGCCCAGAGAUCUGAAGUCAAAGCAGACACUGCUGAGGAGACACUCCAUGCAGACAGAGCAGAUUAAACAGCUGGUCAACCUCCAGGAGAUAAUCCAUGCAGACAGAGCAGAUUAAACAGCUGGUCAACCUCCAGGAGCUCUUUCGGCCAAUAAGACGAACGAUGCUAGACUGAUCCCAGAUCUGUUUGUGCUGUCUUGUCAAUGUUACUCCUUGGCAAAACAGCACAAACAGUUCUGGGACCAGGCUAAAAGGUUGCAUUUUCUUUGUGUCUGGCUACUGUGUGCUUGACUGACUGUGAUCGCUUCCUAUGUCAAGCAUUGGUGCUGCUGUGUGACCAU